AUACAUACUUACUAAUCGUUUAGCACAAUAUUAGGUAAAUAAUCAUUUAUCAGUGAUUAAUUCCCACUACUUAUAUUAGCCGAUUGACUAAGGUUACAUAAAUAUACAUCUGCAUGGCGAUAUAUUAUCUUUAUCUUUGACCCGGUUCUUAGUAAUGUAAUGAAACCCUGCAGUAGAUACUACAGUGGUGUUCUGGGCUUCGUAUGUGAUACAACUUAAACACUAAUCAGUAAUCACUUGUUUAAUUAUACGUCUUGUCACUUGUGCCAAAGUUAUAUAUUAUUAUUAAAAUAUAAUAUAAAAUAUACGUUUAUGAUGUAUUCAGACUCCAGUUCGUCAGAUGAAGAAUUUUUAGCUUUAACAGCUUUAUUAGAAAAUGGUGAUACUUCUUCUAUAGGUGAUAAAAGAUUAUGGGUCCAUCAAAUAAAUGUAGAGCGAAAAACGUACGGUGAAUAUCACACACUGAUGCCCCAACUCAGAAAAGACCCUAAACGGUUCUAUUUGUAUUUUCGCAUGAAUAGCGAAUGUUUUGACCAAUUGCUUAGUUUUAUAUACAAGGAUAUCGAGAAACAGCUAACUAGUUUUAGAGAACCAAUAUCUCCAGAAGAACGCCUAGUUGUAGCUCUCAGGUUUUUAGCUACAGGAGAUUCUUACAAAACAAUUGGCUAUAGUUUUCGAAUGGGGUUUUCAACUGUUAGUAAUAUUAUUAAGGAAGUAUGUGAAGCUAUAAAUCGAAAAAUGAUAAACAUAUAUUUACCUGAACCAACACAAUCAACGUGGUUACAGUCAGCAGAAACAUUUUUACAGAAGUGGAAUUUUCCAAAUGCCAUCGGUAGCAUCGAUGGUAAACAUGUUACCAUAAAAUGUCCUAAUAAUACCGGUUCAAGACACUUCUGUUACCUAAAAAAAUUUUCAGUCGUCCUCAUGGCCAUUGUGGAUGCAGAUUAUAAGUUUGUUUGUGUAGAUAUAGGUGGAUAUGGCCGUAAUAGUGACGGAGGAAUUUUUGAAGCAUCAAUUAUGGGACAACGUUUUCAAAAUAAAACAAUAAAUGUACCCGUCGACCAACCAUUACCUAAUCAACAGGAACCAACACCAUAUGUACUAUUGGGAGACGAAGCUUUUCCAUUGAAAUCAUACUUAAUGAGGCCAUUUCCCUACCGUCAGUCAAGGCAAGAACAUACAAAAGAUUUGUUUAACUACAGAUUAUGCCGUGCUAGACGCGUCGUAGAAAAUGCAUUUGGAAUUUUGUCUAAAAAAUUUAGAAUUUACUCCAGACCAUUGGAAAUGAACGUAGAUACAGUAAAUACUGUUGUACUGGCUACAUGUAUUUUGCACAAUUUUUUAAGAGUUAAUACAUCAGGCGAUACAGAUUAUUUUGAAUAUAUUGAACAAGAACAAACACCCGACUUGAAUGCAUUAGAGAGUUUAAUAAACGAUCCCAGAAGAGGAUCCAAUGAGGCUUUUGAAGUGAGAAAUAAAUUUAUAAACUGGUUUAUUCAAAAUGAAUUGUAAGUGUAAUGUUUGUACACAUUAUUUUUGCAGUUUAGUUUAAUAUUACAUUAUAAUAUUAUUAUUUA